AUCCAUGGCCACGAAAAAUUUCUUCUUCUUCUUCUUCUUUCCAGAAACCAUGGCCAACAGUCUUGGCUCUUCCCAUGUCCCUAACUCCCUCCAUUCCGAGUCCAAGCUUCCGCCAUGGACCUUCUCAAACUCUCUUCUUCUCCACUUCAUUUCACUCCCAAAUUCGACAAACCCCAAUUUCCUAAUCAAUGUUUGCGGAUUCCUCUCUUCCCCUCAUCGUCUUCUUCCUCCAUCAACCGGCGCAAUCCAAGAUUCAAGCUCUGUGCCAUCACAUCAUCCGCCAUUUCAACCCAAGAAUCCGCCAACCCGUUUCAGGUGGAGGCCGAGAGUGAAUCUGGAGAGGAGAGGUUUGAUUGGUAUGCACAAUGGUACCCGAUUAUGCCGAUUUGCGACCUCGACAAGAGGGUGCCGCAUGGCAAAACGGUAAUGGGGAUUGAUGUGGUUGUAUGGUGGGAUAAGAAUGAGAGUGCAUGGAAGGUGUUUGAUGAUUUGUGUCCACAUAGAUUGGCUCCGUUGUCUGAAGGAAGGAUUGAUCAGUGGGGGAGAUUGCAAUGUGUUUAUCAUGGUUGGUGUUUUAAUGGUUCUGGUGACUGUAAGUUCAUCCCUCAGGCGCCUCCCGACGGUCCUCCGGUUCACACAUCUAAAAGGGCAUGUGUUGCUGUUUAUCCUAGUAUCGUGCAGAAUGAUGUGUUAUGGUUUUGGCCAAAUAGUGAUCCUCAGUACAAAGAUAUUAUGGUGAAGAAAAAACCCCCAUACAUCCCUGAACUGGAUGAUCCGUCAUUUACCAAGUUAAUCAGUAACAGAGAUCUUCCCUAUGGGUAUGAGAUUUUGACUGAGAACCUUAUGGACCCAGCACAUGUCCCAUAUGCUCAUUAUGGGAUAAUGGGAAGACAACAACCCAAGAACAGAUGAAAAGCAGAUAGAGAAGGAGGAAAACCAAUCGACAUAGUUGUGAGAGACUUAAAUAUAAAUGGUUUCAUCAGUAACCAGGAUCUGGGAAGUAGCCAGUUUUUUGCACCAUGUGUAUUUUUCACCUCUUUUAGUCUACCUUCUAAGAAAACAAAUUCCAAUCGCCAAGACAGUGGAGCUCUCUUAUCGGGUGAAAACAAUGCGGUUGCCCCAAACACAUCUCAGAGAAAAGCGAUGCUAAUAUUUAUGUGUAUUCCUGUUGGUCCGGGUAAAAGCAGAUUAAUAUUUGUAUCUCUAAGAAAUUUUGCUGUAUCAAUUGACCGAAUUAUUCCAAGAUGGAUAUUCCAUGUGGGACAAAACCUCAUCUUAGAUUCAGAUUUGUAUCUUCUUCACAUCGAGGAGAGGAAGAUAUUGGAUGUCGGCCCUUCAAAUUGGCAGAAAGCUUGUUUUGUGCCAACCAAGUCAGAUGCUAAAGUAGUUGCCUUCAGAAGGUGGUUGAACAGAUAUUCUGAUGGUCAAGUUGAUUGGAGAGGCAAGUUCAAUGGCAUUUUUCCUCCAUCGCCUCCCAAGGAACAGCUAAUGGAUAGGUACUGGUCUCAUGUGGUGAACUGCAGUAGUUGCAAGGUGGCAUACAAGGGUCUGAAUGCACUAGAAGUUGUGUUGCAAGUCAUCUCCAUUGCUUCACUUGGAAUUUUUGCAGCUACAAAGCAAAGUUUGGUAUCAGGAGCUGCUAGAGUUUUGAUGGUGGCUAUGGCUAUACUCUGCUUUGCUUCUUCAAGGUGGCUUUCUCAUUUCAUUUACAAAAACUUCCAUUUCCAUGAUUACAAUCACGCCCUUCGAUGAAAUUACCAUCCUGCCCUUUGGUAAGGAUUCCCUCAGUUUGAAAGAUUUUAUAGAAUGCCUGCUUUCUUUCUUUCUCCCUCACACAAAUAGAAAUUGUAUAGAAAAGAACCAGAUGUAUGUAUGCAUUUAUGAAAGGAAACUUAAAUAAUGUUAUCUUUA